AUGGGCUUUGGAAGAUUGCACCCGGUGCCCAGACCGCAUGAGGAAGCGCCGGCACCGUCCGUGCAGCCCGUCCAGUGCCGGCGCUACCCCCGGGGGGCCACGGUGUGCGGGGACAUCCCUUUCAGGAAGGACGAGGACCUCGUGUGGGAUCAGCUCCUCUCCCCGCAGCAGGUCUCCAGAGCCGCUCUCGGGGCCGUGUCUCCCGCACGCCGCUGGCGCUGCACCAGCAGGGCCGCGUCCGCCUCUGCUGGGCUCCCCUGCACGGCCGGCAAGGACAGCGACGCGCUGCAGCAGGAGCCCAGCACGGACACCGAGGUGCUGCGAGGCCUGCAGCAGCUCUCCUGCCGGGAAAGGCUGGCACGGCCGGGCUUCUUCAGCCUGCAAAAGAGACUUAGGCUUAGGCUUGACCCAACUGUGGCCUUCCACCCGGCUCAUGCCGCGUCUCGCAAGGCGCCCGUGGGCGAGACGGGCCCGCCGCUGUGCCGCCUCCGCGGGGCUCCGUCCAUUCUGGGUGCGGCGCCUUUUGAGAGCCUCUGGCAGAGCGCCGCGCUCUGCUGGUGGUGGUGCUGGAGCAGCGCCGUCUUUUGGCUCCGCCUGGCGCGGUCCCUGGCCCGGCCCCGGCCCCGAACGAGGCCCCUCCCGCAGCUCCGCCCGCAGCCGCCUCGCAGCCGCCCGGCUCCCGCCCCGUCGCCGGCAGCUUCUCCGGUGCGAGCCCCGCCGCCCGUCAGCUCGGCCGCCGGCCCCGAGCCGCCGGAGCCCAGGGCGGCUCGGGAAGCAGCAGCGCCCGGGGCGGACGGCUGCCCCGGGCAGAAUGCCGAGAGCGCCGCGCCAGCCGCACGGGCGGAGAAGCCUCCCCUGGAGCAGCUCUACCGGGAGGGCCCGCUGCUGGGGAGCGGCGGCUGCGGCAGCGUUUACGCCGGGACCCGGCUCGCCGACGGCGCCCCGGUGGCCAUCAAGCGAGUGCCCCGCGAUCGCAUCUGGGAGUGGGCGCGGCUGCACGACGGCGCCCUUGUGCCCCUGGAGCUGGUGCUGCUCUCGAUGGUGUCGUGCCCUGGCUUCCGCGGCGUCGUACACCUCCUGGACUGGUUCGAGCUGCCCGACGGCUUCGCGCUGGUCAUGGAGCGUCCGGAGCGCUGCCGCGACCUGUGGGACCUGCUGGACGCGGGCGGGUCCCUGCCAGAGCCCGUGGCGCGGGGGCUGUUCCGCCAGGUGCUGCAGGCCGUGCAGCACUGCACCAGCCGCGGUGUCCUGCACCGCGACAUCAAGGCCGAGAACGUCCUCGUCGACCUGGCCACCGGCGACGCGAAGCUCAUCGAUUUCGGCUGUGGCACGAUCCUCCAGGACACCUUCUACACCUGGAUGGCAGGAACGCGCGAGUACUACCCGCCGGAGUGGAUCCUCUUCGGCUGCUACCACGGCCAGCCAGCCACCAUCUGGUCCCUGGGCAUCCUGCUCUAUCACCUGGUGUGCGGGCACCUUCCUUUCACAACCAGAGAGGACAUCGUUCGGGGCCAGCUCUUCUUCCCGCCCCGGGUGUCUCAAGAGUGCCAGCACCUCAUCAGGUGGUGUUUAUCUAUGGACCCUGCAGACAGGCCAUGCCUGGAAGACGUCCUAGAGCAUUCUUGGCUGCAGAAGCCCCACCUGGCCCAGGAGACAGCAGAGAUCCAUCCUCUGCACAGUAGGAUCCAGGAGCCCAGCAAGUACCAGCUGCUCGCGUCUUCGUGGCGCUCAGAGAAAUCCCAGAGCGUUUCCCUGCGGCUGCGGCACGGAGCAGAGAGCGCGGCCCAGGAGAUGCUUCCGCGGGUCCCCGGCGAGUGGUGGAGGGAGCGGCUCAGGGCUCCCCGUCCUAUUGGAGAACCGAGGCACAGCUGGCCGUUCUUGUGGAGCACGAUGCGGAGCCGGAGAACGCCAUCCUCGAGCUGGCCGCUGGCGGAGCGAAGCCGAUGGGCUUUGGUUGCGGCCCCUUCCCGGAGGACACGCUCUGCACCCCGACGAAAUCAAGAUGAGUCCCCAGCCGGCGCAGGGGCGGGGGGAUGCUCGUGCUUCCAGGCACGGCAGGGCUCGGCCUGGCCACGCGCCGCACGUUCCCCGCUCGGCGGCAAUGGGGAAUAUCGAUGUCUCCGCCGCCCGGCCAGCUGCUUUUUGGCGGGACAGGGGACGGGUGUUGUGGAAAGGGAGCCGGCUCCUGGCCUCUCUGAGAGCUUCUGCCAGCUCUGGCUGGCACGGGCUGGGGUGGGGGCAGCCAGCCUGACAAAAGCAUCCAUCCGUGUGGAUGGGAACGGCGGAGGGGGACGGGUUCUGGAGCCAGGCCCCGGCUGCUCUGCUUUGCAGGCCCUUGAGGAAGGGAUGGGCUUACGGGCGGGAAGGGUGGGGUUUUUCCUCCAUGUGAGGUUUCAUUCUCGCAUGGAGCGGUCACACCCUCCCCGGGCCCGUGAAACGGUGUUAUCACCGUUUGGCGCUUUUUCUUAUUUCCAGGUCUUGUUUGGAAUUGACUUUCAUGCAAUUCUUCUUUGUUUUGUCCAGGAAGAUUGCACCCGGUGCCCAGACCGCAUGAGGAAGCGCCGGCACCGUCCGUGCAGCCCGUCCAGUGCCGGCGCUACCCCGGGGGGCCACGGUGUGCGGGGACAUCCCUUUCAGGAAGGACGAGGACCUCGUGUGGGAUCAGCUCCUCUCCCCGCAGCAGGUCUCCAGAGGCUACCAGCACCUCAUGCCAUGGAAAGGGCACCGCUCGGCCUGCCAGUCUGGGAGGGCUGGAGUGUGGCGGCGGGUGUUCACUUGCUGUCAAAAAUAAAAUCUUUUUUCUUGUCAUUAUCAUCAUCAUCGGAGCGUUUCUUUCAUCCUUUUCCAAGCUUUUGGCCUCCCUUCUUCCACGGAAAUCUUUUUCUCUCCUUCCUCAGCCACUUGGUGCCAUAUGGGAUGGGGGCUUAA